UUCGGCGUCAGAACAUGAAGGUUCGGAUCAACGCCACGGGCGACACCAUCGUCAUGAAGUUUGUGCGUCCGAGUCCCGACGUGAAGCUGGAGGGUUACAUCCUGGGCUACGGCAGCAGCGUGUUCUCCAAACAGCUCAUCCCGCUGCCCGAGGACGGGCAGCCCUACGAGACCGAGAUGGACGCUGAGCCCAAAUACCUGGUGGCCGUCCAGCCGAUCCCGACCAACGACGUGAAGAAGCACUGCACAGGAAAGGUGAACCUGGAGAAGCCGCUGCAUUUGGUGAUCGGCUCCGUCAGUCCCACGGCGGUGCUGCUGUCCUGGGGGAACUACCUGAAGACGCCGUACGAGGGCAACAUCAUGAACGAGUGUCUGGAGGACGGGUUCUACACCAUCCGCUACAGGGAGAGGAACAGGAAGUGGAUCUACCAGACCUGCCCGACCAGCGACACGGUGGUCGACAACCUGAAACCCAACACGGCGUACGAGUUUGGCGUCCGGUCCAACAAGGACGACCGCAGCGGGAUGUGGAGCAAACCGAUCAUACACAACACCAACAUGGGCAAUAAAAACACUCAGAAGCCGUACAAGCUGCGAAAUCCUCUCGCCAAGCCGCUGAAACCUCUGGGUCCUCACGCUCUCUUCCCUCCUCGUCCCGGUAAGACUGAGACUCUCUGA